UCCGUGAAACAGGAAGCGGCGAGGCGGAGGGACGUCUCCGUGGAUCUAGCAGCGCGGGAAGCUGAGGUUUUGUCGCUCUUCUUCUUCUUCUUCUUCUUCUUCUUCUUCUUCUUCUUCUUCUUCUUCUUCAAUUUCUUCUUCGCUCGGUUUUGUCGGUUCAGCAGGAACAAUUGCUUGGUGCAGCUGCAUCGGGGAGACGGCUCUGGAGGAGGAGACACUGCGGGACGAGAUGACCGACAAACAAGCGGCGACAGAGGAGAUCAUAGCAGAUACCAUGGCUAAUCCUUCUCCAGCAAAGAGCAUGGGCGACCCUGGAAUCACUCCACUGUCUCCUACACACACUCAGCAGAACGACACAGACCAGGUGCAGACCCAGCUCUCCUUUGUGGUGGUGGUUGCCAUUGACUUUGGCACCACCUCCAGCGGUUAUGCCUACGCCUUCACCAAGGAGCCAGAGUGCAUUCACACCAUGAGACGUUGGGAAGGCGGAGACCCUGGUGUGUCCAAUCAGAAGACUCCAACCACAAUCCUGCUGACUCCAGACAGGAAGUUCCACAGUUUUGGCUAUGCUGCUCGCGACUUCUACCAUGACCUUGACCCCAGCGAGUCAAAACAAUGGCUCUACCUAGAAAAAUUCAAAAUGAAGCUCCACACCACAGCUAAUCUGUCGACUGAAACAGACCUCCAUGCAGCCAACGGGAAGCGGGUGAAAGCCCUGGAUAUCUUUGCAUAUGCAUUGGCCUUCUUUAAGGAGCAAGCACUAAAGGAGCUGAGUGACCAGACAGGUGGUGACUUUGACAACAACGACGUGAGAUGGGUGAUCACAGUUCCUGCCAUUUGGAAAAUGCCGGCGAAGCAGUUCAUGAGGGAAGCUGCCUAUAAGUCUGGUCUGGUGUGCCGUGAAAACCCAGAGCAGCUGAUCAUCUCCUUAGAACCCGAGGCAGCAUCAAUCUACUGCCGCAAGCUCCGCCUCCACCAGAUGGUGGACCUGGGCACCCACACCACCCAGAACGGCUUCAGCCCCACUGACAACGCAGCGAGUGCAACGAACCAAGCCAAGGAGCAUGUUCGGCGCAACCGGCAGAGCCGCACCUUUUUGGUGGAAAAUGUCAUAGGGGAGCUUUGGUCGGAGCUGGAAGAAGGGGAUCGUUAUGUAGUGGUGGACUGUGGUGGAGGAACAGUGGACCUGACUGUUCAUCAGAUCCGUCUUCCAGAGGGACAUCUGAAGGAGCUCUAUAAGGCCUCAGGUAAAAAGACCCACAGUGUAACACAAGGUGGCUUGGCUCUGCUUUCUGUACGUAGUCUUACCUUGACAAAAUGUUCUGAUCAGUCACGAUCCCCUCUGUUCCCAGGUGGCCCCUACGGCUCUAUCGGUAUCGACUACGAGUUUGAGAAGCUGCUGUGUAAGAUCUUCGGUCAGGAUUUCAUCGACCAAUUCAAGAUCAAGAGGCCGGCCGCCUGGGUGGACCUGAUGAUUGCAUUCGAGUCUCGGAAGAGAGCGGCGGCCCCGGAACGUACCAACCCCCUCAAUAUCAACCUGCCCUUCUCCUUCAUCGACUACUACAAGAAGUUCAGGGGCCACAGCGUGGAACAUGCCCUGCGCAAGAGCAAUGUGGAUUUUGUUAAAUGGUCGUCUCAAGGGAUGCUGAGGAUGAGUCCAGACGCUAUGAACUCCCUCUUCAAACCCACCAUAGAUCACAUCAUCCAGCAUCUCACCGAGCUCUUUGAGAAGCCCGAGGUGAGCGACAUUAAGUUCCUGUUCCUAGUGGGAGGUUUUGCUGAGUCGCCCUUGCUGCAGCACGCCGUCCAGAACAUGCUCCAGGGCCGCAGCCGCAUCAUCAUCCCACACGACGUCGGCCUCACUAUCCUGAAAGGUGCCGUGCUGUUCGGCCUGGACCCCAGCAUCAUCAAAGUCCGCCGCUCGCCCCUCACGUACGGCGUGGGCGUCCUCAACCGCUUCGUUGAGGGCAAGCAUCCACCAGAGAAGCUGCUGGUGAAGGAUGGCACCCGAUGGUGCACUGACGUUUUCGACACCUUCAUCGCUGCAGACCAGUCCGUGGCGCUGGGUGAGAAUGUGAAACGGAGCUACACGCCGGCCAAGCCUUCCCAGCAGGUGAUCGUCAUCCACGUCUAUUGCUCGGAGAAGGAGAGGGUGGGGUUCAUCAGCGAGCCCGGGGUCAGGAAGUGCGGAACGCUUCGUUUGGAUGUGAGUGGAACGGAAAGCACAGCGCCGCGCCGCGAGAUCCAGACGCUCAUGCAGUUUGGAGACACGGAGAUUCGGGCCAUGGCAGUGGAUGUGUCCACUGGACGCACUGUCAAAGCUAGCAUUGACUUCCUCAGCCAUUAAGUAGACCAUGAGAGCUAAUGUAGCAGAAUUAUUGGAAGUAUACAAAAUGGAAAAUACAGCUUACUCACAUACACACAUAGCCAUACAUACACAUAUAUACACACACAUUCACAUACAGAGCCAACAAGCUGGGGGUAUGUACUUGAAAGUGCUUAAGGAUAUUCAAGCUCCAGGCCCAUUUACUCUCAAUUCAAGGGGCAGAAUUUGAAUGAAAGUUCUUAAACUUAAACGCCGGAUGACAUUUAACUGUAGAAUCUGAAAAGAAAACGUGUCUUUUAAGGUCUGUCUAUUCACGUCCGUCCCCAGUAGUUCAUUUGCUGACAAGCUGCACAGUGUUCACACACUCAUAACAAACCCAUGCACCCCCCCAUAGGACACAGCUGCAUCUGCACAGGGUCAGAUUUAGGAGCUUGUUAUCAAGACGAGUCAAACCAGAUAAUAAUCCAAUGGUGGAAACAUUCAGAACACGUCUUUGCAUGCUUCAGUCUCUUUAUUGCCGCAGCAGCUCAUUGUAUUUCAGCAAUGAUUCUGAUUUCCACUGUACUUCACAGAAGUUCUUAGGGCCAUUCCAGUGGUUUUGCAUUAUUCCUUUGAACGUUAACAGGUCACACAGCUACACACAGCACAUCGAUAGCAAUCCUCUGAACAGGGUCUUAGUUACCUUAGGUAUAGUGCUGUUGCAGAGGCUAACUGUGGGUGUCAUGUUCUCACCUGAUAGAGAUGAAAUGGUUAACGUGUUAGAAAAAACAGUGACAUACAGGUAGUAUGUGUUUUAGUCCAGUUAGAGCUGUUAAAUACACGACAGCUCAAGAGGAAAAUGCCACAUUUAUAGAUUCAGGUUCUUAUUCACCCUCCUAAUUGACUCAGUACUGAAUAAUAUAACCUAGUACCAUAAAGGUACAGCAUUUAAAACACAAACCAACCAGUAAAUCUACUUUUCAUGCAAAGCCACCGGUCUGGUUCUUAAGGAACGUGCUGGGAGCUCAGUCUGAAAAUCAAGUGCAGCCAUCGGAUGUGCUUAAUUGUUGCCUUUAUGUCUUUUUGCUUCUGACUAUUAGAUGUGGACUAAACGCCACUCGCUCACUUGAAUAUUUCGAAGCCAGGCGUGACUCCAGUCGAGACAAUGAAGUGUGUUUAUUUCUGUAAAUACAGUAUUUAAAUAUUGUACAGAUUUAUAGCCUUGUUUCAGCAGCUUUAGAGCCAAGAGCGUGUGUGUGUGUGUGUGUGUGUUUUUGUGUGUGUGUGUGUGGGUGCGUGUGUUUUCUCAUGAACAUCUCAACAUUUCUUUCCACACCAGCCAUAGUAUGAGAGGCCAAGGCAGCUUUGAUUGCCUUGUUCACUCAGAAUGAGAGAUUUAAUGUGUUGCCUGUUGUUUUUUUUGUUUUUUUUUGCAAACAUGAAGAAACUUGAAUACCUCCGUCCUUAAAAAAGCAUUUGAGUGAAUAAGUCUGCUGUUAGUUUUGAAAGAGCAGGAUCUGAAUGUGUCCAGUCCCCCCACCCCCCCCCCUUCCCAUCCACCCUGCAGCACAGCCUCUGCAGGGAUUUCAUUGUGAUUCAUUACAAAUUCAGCAACUAAUUAUUUCCAAGAAAUAAAAACUAGAGCUGUCGAGUAUAUUAAACAUGUUUGUUUGUGUUUUACAGCUGAGGCCUAGUCGUACGAGCCGAACGCCACAGUUCCACGUGGCUAUGGAAGGUUAAUGUUUUAAGUAUUAAUUGAAAGAGUGCCUAGUGUGAAUAAAUUGUCGGGAGUCACUCAUCCAAUCAGAACAUGCGGCGCGUUCCUUCUCCCUCUUGACGAUAUACUGAAGCUUUAUAAACGUGUGAGCUCAGACGUAAACACUGAGAAUCACACUGAUCCAAACAUCCACACGCUCAUCUCACGUCCUCGUGAAAGUGCGUGCGUAAGGCUGAGUUAAAGGGCCGCUACUGAGUUCUCUCUGAUCUUCGUUGACCCCUGCUGGCAGCAAGGAGAAGCGACCCUGGUGGAAACCUCGUUCAAGCUCAGUGAUGUAAUAACGUAAUACAUCUCGUAGCGGCUGGUGGUGGCUGGUUUGUUUCUCCUUCGGCAGAGCAGGAUUACUCAACGACUGGAAGGUGUGACAGCUAGCAUGGAAGCGUCCUCCGUUGUGACUCUCCGGGGGGUUUGAUUCUUUAAAGGUCAAAACUGACUAAAUGGUUUGUGAAAAGUCAUGUGUGAAGGUCUCGGUAUGAUUCAGAGUAACUUCAGUAGGUUUCUGCCUCUUUAGACUCGUAGUUUUAUUGCAAUAAUGAGUACUUUCAGGGGAGUGUCCUGUCCGGCCGUCUUUUUUUCCUGGUGUGACCAAAGUAGAUGUGACGCACCAGUUGCUUUGUAAAGUGGGUUGGAUUGGCAGGUUGUCUCUUGAAAAGUAGAAAAAUAUGCCCAUAUGUCCAUAUGUACUUUGCCUCCAUAAUUCAGUAAAAGAUUUGCACUGGUUGCAUUUAAAUACACAGAUUUCAUCCUAAAACAUUGCUGUGAUAAAUGCUGCUGUGUCCGAGGACCUUGGACUGAAAGCUGCAUUUGCUUUUCCUUCCUGGUUCAGCAGAUCCAGAGGGAGACUGUGCAUCCAGUUCAAUGCAUGACCAUGUGUCCCCACAGCCCAACACACAUCAGUGGGGAAUCACCUGUCACACAGUCUCUUAGCUUGUGAAAUGUUGCAGAGCUGGACAUGAAACAUAAAGAGGCAACAUAUCAUCCUGAUGAAUACUCAAAAGAACAAUAAACCAAGUAAUCACUGAGUCGUUGGUAUUGAUCAACAACCCACACAGAUAUAUUAGUAAUUAUAUGCUGCAGUGUUCUGGAUUAUAACCACUUUUAAAGCCAUUUCCUUUGAUUCCUUAUUUAAACUGUGAAUGGAAACUUGUCUCGCUCAGUGUCUGUGCACAAAUAUGCACAAGCUUCAAUGCUCUUCACCUUUACCGGCACUCUGUCUGCAAUGCAUGUUUCGCAUGUGUCACACAGGAAUGACUACACAACACGUCGCUUUUACUAGUACACAAAGUCAGGGUUACCACUGACGAUGAAGAUGGUGAUGAAGAUGGAAACUGCGGUCUUGGUUGUGUGUAAAACCCUGCUGCUUUCUGAGCUGUUAUAGAUAAUGUUACUGAUGGCAGCUCCUGACUCCCAUAGCAGGGCCACACAUACUGUACUGAUGAUGACUAACCGUAUAACCUUUGAUUCCUACUACACUUCACUGCUAUGACUAAUGAUGGAUCUCAAGUGGAAGGCUAUUAUAACACCACGGUCCGUUGCGUCCUUGGAUAGAUAAUGACAUUAUUGUAUUUGGUUCGGCCGUGAGUAUUAUACGAUGCACAGGACACCGUUUUGUAGCAGCUUUAUACGUAAAGCUAUGAUAAAAUUAUAUGAAGACAUGUAUUAGCUUUCUGUUGCUGGCACACAAGGCAGCAGAAGCCAGAGGUGGAGUAUCUCAGUGGGUGUGAUUUGAGGUAGCAGCUUGCAUCAUGUACAAGUAUCUGCUUUACACUAUCUAGACAAAAAUAAUAGAAAAUAGGUUAAAAAAAAAAAAAUUGCAUUUAAACGGAUUGAGCUUGUAGUUAGGAUCCUCUCAGCCACUGUGGAACUUAACACAAUGUACACUUUGUUCUUUUAGUCCUUUUAUUGAUGAUGCAAAGGAGUUUUAUUUGUGUUUGUUUUUUUUAUUAUUAUCUUCAGUUACUUAAAUGUGUUGUUCUCUUGCAAUCUUCACACAGUAAUGGAUGUUUUUCUUGAUCAAUGCCAGGUAUUCACUGUCAGACUGUCACCAAUAAAAUGUAUGUGUAUUUCAAACAACA